AUGACUAAAUUUUAUGCAAAUGUUGAACAAGAAAUAACAGAUUUUAUUGAUCGUUGCCAUAAUUCUACUAAUACAUUGUCAAUUCAGUCUUCCAUUCCAUGUUUAACAACGAUUUCAUCUGAUAUAUUUUCAUCAGCAAUAGAACAUUUCGAUGUAUUUCUUAAUUUUCUAUCAACAUAUACUACAGAUAUGUUGAUUGAAUAUGAUCAAAUAAUCUCGAUUGUUUCCAAUUGUUCUGAUCUUGUAAAUUAUAUAAAUACUUAUCAAUAUUUAUUUAUUGAAUAUGCUGUUGAUGAUUAUUUUAUUCUUGAUGAACAUUUUAAUUUAAUCUAUGAAAAAGUUAUUCAAAUUAUCAAUCAGAUACAUAAUUUAUCAACGAUUAAUUCCGAAAUUUAUAAUCUUGAAAAAGAACUUCGUUCAUAUCUUCCAUCAUAUUAUUUAAAUCAAAUAUCAUUUUCAUUAUCAAAUCAGAUAACUUCAACACUUAUCGAACAAACAUCUCGAUUAUUUUCAUCAUCUUAUAAUUCAUUAACAAAUGAGAAUGAUGACGACGAUGAUAAUAAUAAUUGUAUAAUGUCAUCUAGUUUUCUUUUUAGUAGUUCACCUAUAUCAAUAAAUUUUGAUGAUAAUAAUAUAACAAAUAGAAAUCAUAAUGAACAUUAUGAUCCAUCAGGAUCAUUAUUACAAUUGGAUAAAAUUAAUAUUCGUACAACAAUUUUAACACAUUCACAAUUAACACCAUCAUUUCAAUUUGAUUUAACAGAUUUUGAACAAAUUGAAAAUGAUUUAAAUAAUACAAAUGAUUGGAUAAAAAUUGAACGAGAAUUUUAUCGAAAUAUUAUUUCGAUAUUAUCGAAUGAACAAUUAAAUAUUCAAACAAUAAAUCCUUGGUCAAGUGAAACAUUUUGGACAUUAAUUAUGAAUUUUAAAUGUUCGGAUAUGAAUUUAAAAUAUGAAUUUAUUUUGAUUAUACAAUGGUGUUUUUGUUUAUUAGCAAUUCAAGCUUUUUAUCGAGAUUGGGAUUUAUUUUUUAGUAAAACUUUAAUUAAUACAAUUAUGAUAAAUCGUUGGCGAACGGUGUCAUUUUCCAAUAAUAUUCAUAUAAGUAUUGUUGGGCAUAAUCUUAAUCAAAUGUUUCUUCGUCUAAUACGUAUAACAUCUGUUUUACAAUAUAUGACAAUUCUUUCGGAUCAAUCAUCUUAUUUAAAUGCUUUUUUCACGAAUAUAAUUUCUUCGAAUAUAAAUAAUUUAACUCGACAAAUUGAAGGAACAUUUCAAUUGUUAAUCAUAUGGCUUCAUCAACAUGCUGAUACAUUUAUUAAUAUAAAUUCACUCGAACGAGCUUUACUUAUUUGUAAAAGUGAUCAAAUGCAAUUAUCAAUUAGUAUUUCAAGUUUAAUAGAUACUUUAAAACAAUUAAAAAAUUGUGAACAAUCAAUAAAAUUAGUUAAUAAAUUACAUUCAUCUUGUCAAACAAUUGUAAAUGAUACGAUGUUAAAAUUAUAUCGGCGUAUUCAAGUAAAUACAACAAACCAUUUUAAUUUUGAAUUACCGCCAACAACAAAUGAAUGGCGAAUAACAUAUCAACAAACAUCUUAUAUGAUUAAUACCUGUGAUAAACUUUUAAAACCAAUUAUCAGUCAAAUCGAAUGUUUAAAUAUUGAGAAUAAAUUAGAUAUUUAUGAGAAUAUACUUUCAGCAUUUAUUCUAUCGUGGUUAACAUUAUUACUUGAAAGAAAAUAUCGUUUUACUGAUGAAAUGAUAAAUUUCCUGGAGAAAGAUUAUGAUUAUCUACAAUCAUUUCUUUCAACAAAUAUAUGUGAUCAAGAAACUGUUGAAUUAUUAUAUAAAUCACCAUCUAUACAACAAAUUUCAAUUAUUAUUAGAUUAUUAAGAACAGGAGAAAAAACUGGAUCACUUGUUCACAUUCCAAAUCAAGACAAAUGGCUUCAAUCAAGAAAAGCUUCUUCAUCAUUACUUGAAUUUUUCCAAAAUGCAUGUUGUUGUCAACGACGUAAUCGUGUAACAACAGGUCCUUCAUGA